CCACACUUAAGCUCCAGGGAGGUGAGCGGUCUCUGUCUGGCUAGCUGUUGGUAGAAUUGGGCUAUUUUGCUGAAGCUUCUUUCCCUGGUAGCCUGAGGAAAAAAUUUGCAUUUUGACUUUUUAAUUUUUAUUUUUUACCAUGGCUUUGAUUUACAAAUUGCUGAAUGGCACUUACAUUCUCAGCAAAUGCCCAAAGCGAAGUACUGCCUUGCAUCCAUUUUUGGGUAUUCACUUUGCAGACUAUUGUUCCAGUAGUCUUCAGAAACCAGAGGCUGCUCCUGGCAAAGCCUCCUCACAGAGGAAGACUGAAGGAGGUUUGCAGGGACAUCACCAGAAAGAAGUUGCCGUGGAUAUAACUUCUCCUGAGGAGAAGCCUGAAGUUAGUUUUGAUAAAGCAAUUAGAGAUGAAAUCAAGGACCAUUUUAGGCGUUUGAAGGAUGAAAUUGUGAAUCACUGGAUAGGGCCAGAAGGCCGCCCUCUGCAUGAGGUCUUGCUGGAACAAGCCAAGGUCGUCUGGCAGUUCCGUGGGAAAGAAGAUUUGGAUAAGUGGGUAGUGACUUCUGAUAAGACGAUUGGAGGCAGAAGUGAAGUGUUCUUGAAAAUGGGCAAGAAUAACCAAAGUGCAUUGCUCUAUGGAACUCUGAGCUCUGAAGCACCUCAGGAUGGGGAGAGUAGCCGAAGUGGGUACUGUGCAAUGAUAUCUAGGAUUCCAAGGGGCGCUUUUGAGCGGAAGAUGUCUUAUGAUUGGUCCCAUUUCAACACUCUGUAUCUCCGUGUCCGUGGGGAUGGUCGGCCUUGGAUGGUGAAUAUCAGGGAGGACACAGAUAUAAUCCAGAGGAAGAAUCAGAUGUACAGUUACUUCAUGUUCACCCGUGGGGGGCCCUACUGGCAGGAGAUCAAGAUUCCUUUUUCCAAAUUUUUCUUCUCCAAUCAAGGAAGAAUCCGGGAUGUUCAGUCUCAGCUUCUGCUUGACAAGAUCUCUUCCAUAGGAUUUACCUUGGCCGAUAAAGUGGAUGGUCCAUUCUUCUUGGAAAUUGAUUUUAUUGGAGUGUUUACUGAUCCAGCGCACACAGAAGAAUUUGCCUAUGAAAAUUCUCCAGAGAUUAGCCCAAGACUUUUCAAAUAAAGAUCAUGUGUAGUUUUGCAUUACUAAACUAAGGGUAGUAGAUCUGCAGUGAUACUGACAAAAUAAAAUAUUUCUUUAAUGGCAUCCAACCAA